AUGAAUACAAAUUAUAUGUUGAUAGCUACAAACUUUAAGAUAUGGCAACCAAGUGAUGAUGUUUGGAAACAAUGUAUGAUGUUGUUGAAUGAUAAGGUUGAACAACAGAGGAUUGAACAGUUUAAGAGACCGGCACCAGGUGGAGUUUGGUUGACAGGUCCAGCCAACGACAGUGCAAAGUCAUCUCUAAUGGGACGUCUAUUGAUGUUGUUGGCCGCACAACGUUUGAUCAAACUGCCACUCAAUCAAAUCAAGUUCCAACGUGAUGAUAAGGGCAAGCCCUACCUCGUGGCGACCACUGGUACUGGCACAUCAACAUGUUAUCAAUUCAAUGUAUCACAUGAUGGUGACUACACUGUGAUAUACGCAAGGAAUGACUGUCUUACAAGUCAGAGCAUAGGUGUCGACGUCAUGAAGAAUGAAGUGCCAAGAGGUCAGCCGGUCGAGGAAUUCUUUGAAUCUUUGGACUCAAGCUUCACAAAGAAUGAGUGGCAACGCAUUGGAGACAACAAAGUACCGCCUGCCACACGAGUCGGCAGGUUCUUCACGCAUUGGUGUCUUAAGGAGAGUUAUAUCAAAGCAGUUGGUAUUGGACUUGGGUUCAAUCUUCAAUCAAUCCAAUUCCAGGUUGAUGACACACAGACUCAGUCACAGUCACAAUCACCUAGAGUACAAUAUAACAUGUUGGAUGAUCAUGGUAAUGUUAUGGACAACUAUUCACUGGACUCUCAAUGUACAUUCAAGUUGAUUCCAAACUCAAUACCACAACAUAUAAUAGCAAUCUGUCAUCUUGAUCAAUUACCAGAUGAUGCCAAAGAUGAUCAAUCACUACAACUUGACCAAGUACAACCAAUUCAAUUGACAGCAGAGUCUGUCAUCAAUGAAUUAUCGUCCCUAAUGACAUUG